UAAUGGCAUUUUUAGAAAUCAAUUUAACAGAUGUAUUUUUACGUUGUUUUAUGUUAUAUAUUUACUUAUAUUCGCGUAGUUGUAUGCGAUAGUGAUACGCACCUUCACAUAGUCGAUAAGGGGGUGGACAGGCUGUCCUCGUGUGCUAUUGGCCUCCAAUUUUAUAUUACGAUAAACAAUACUUCUGAAUUUGAUUACGAUGUUGAAGUGACUCCGGAUCAAUGUUGUCUGGAGAUAGGAUCAGACAUGGAUUGUGAUAUCCUGGACAUCGUUGGAGGGUGCACAGAUGCUAUAUCCAGAGGUGAAACGAAAUCACUGAACCUGAUAGCACCAAUUCUUGACGUUUAUGAGCGGAAGGGGUACUGCAUAGCCUAUUUGGACUCGAAGGUUGACGGGAAGCGGCGAGCCAAGAGGGAGUCCGUCAAAAUCACAUUCGAUACCAAAUUAAAAAGUAAAAACAAUGUGGAAGUUCCCAAUGGCGCAACAGUAUGUAAAAACAUCGAUGAAGACCCCUUGAACAACUGCCAACCAGUUGACUGCGAGGUAUUUUACAACGGGAAACGGCCUCAUUACAACCGGAGGUUAAAAAGGUGCGUGGAAGUCCCGCCAUGCAUAAAUGAGGGGCAGAGCGUCGUGCCAACUACGAUUUACGACCCCGUGUCCAACAGGUGCGUAGGCGACGAACCACUCGAUCAAGAUGACUAUGAAUUUGUCAAGAAACUCGCGCACGGGAGCAGAAUCGCCAAGGACGUGGUCAUCAUCAACACAUUCAAAGACGGUGUUGAGGAAAACGAAGUUAUCGACUUCAAAAAGGACGCAAAUAACGAAGACACGGUAAGCUUCAUGAAAACUGGAGACGUGAAAAGAUCUUGUUUUGUUGACGCGCUGUUCGAUUACAUAAACAAUCACAGGUCUGGGCUGUCGUUGCUGGGAGUCAUAUUCCUUGUACAAUGCGGGUUGAUUUGUACGAUGGUAUAUUUCCUAUCGAAAAACUGUCUUUGUAAGAGAAAGAAUGUUUUAGAAAAGAAGUUCUUCAACUAUAGGCAUGACGCGUCCGUCACCACACCACUGAUUGGUACAACACAAGUGGAAACAGAAACCACAUGUCAGUUCAUGAGCGAAUCCUCUAACAUAGAUAAAAAGAUCCAAUGCUAUAAAGCCUGUCAGAAAGACGCAAAAGUCAGCAUGUCUGAUGAUAUCCUUUCCAAAUGUCUCAAUAGACGGAGUUGGGAUAGAAAAGAAGUGAAAUCAGACGCAAUGGACUUCGAGAAGAUGAAAGAAAUAUCACCUAAAGCGAGCAGGAGUGAUGGCUCAGCCAAAUUUGAAACGCGAUUCGUGAGCACCAAGAAACAAGGUGACCAAAAAGUUAAUUUUGAAAACGAAAAAGACAAAUACAGUAAAGGUGACAGCAGAAAAUCGAAGACUGCCAAAAGCAUAGCUAAGAAAUCUGAGAGUAAACAGUCUGAAAGAAAGAGAGGGCAUCUAGGCGACUCGUCUACGUUAGAAAGAGAGAUCAAAUGCCAUAGUUACAAUUACGUCGAUAGCAAGGUGAAGGAGGGGAAAGGUUUCUCCGACAUAGGUCUUUCCGAAGAGAUUAAAUGUCAUAGCUACAACUACAUGUCAGGGUCGGCGUAUUCUGGUGUGAAGACGCCUGUCCCGAAUAAGUUAAAAGAGGAAGACAGCAUCGUAACGUUGUCAGCGCCUGAAAAAGGACAAGCAUCGGUCCAAGCGUCAAUUGCUAACGAUUCUAUCGACGACUACUUGUCGGAAAGAGGCGUACUGUACUUAGCAGGUGAAAAUAUAUCCAAAUAUUCCUUCUCCAACGAUUCUGACAUCAAAUCGGUGUCCUCGAUGUCGAGUAAAACCUCGAAGAACAAUAUAAUGAAGAACGUUCUGUCUUAUUUGAAAAGGGGUUCCAAACAUGGCCCCUCGUCAGAUCCUGGCACUAAAAAGUCCAAAGAUGCUCUCAAUCUGGAGCUCAUACAUAUAUCCAGAGUUUCAAUGUACUCGUCAAGCAAUAAUGAAAGUAGCUUAAAGAAUUUGGCAAGAAUGAAAGAUUCGCGAACAUCAUUAUGA